AUGUCUUCCUCGGCGUCCUUCACCCUCUUCCCUUAUCUUCCCUUCGACCUCCGCCACAUGAUCUGGAAAGUCUCCCUGGACGACAUCCCUCAGUCUACUCGGGAGCUAUCGGUGCGAUACCCCGUCCGCCACUUUCAGGUGAGUCGGGAGACUCGCGCCGCUGCAAGCGCCUAUAUCACCAAGCAGGAACGACGAGGGGUCUGGCGGGACGAGCACUCGCGUUGCGGAAACCCGCGCCGCUGCGCUCUCUUCUUUGACUGGGAGCGGAAGGCCCUCACCGCUCCACAGCCCCUAGACGGGCUGGUGGGCGAUGCGCUGUUCUUGUCGCUUGCGGAGUACCAGCGGUACUGCGAAUCCCCUCCGGCCGGUCGCAGCACCAGCACCGAUGGAUCCGAACAGGAGCAACAGCAGCAGCACCAGCAGCAGACGGUGCGGUGGGGGACCGAGUGGCGCUGGAGCCCUCCUGGGGCGGUUUGGUGGCCUCGAGAGGAGCAGUGUGCUAAACGGUGGCAUCGACAGUUCUAUCUGCCGGCAAUAGAGGAGCCAAGGGUGGCUUUGGCGGUGCCGUUUGACUGCUGGGGAGGCAUCCGAACUCGUUGA